UUGGUUUUCAUUAAACCGUAACCUACAGGCCUGGAAACACGCCAUGGAUCCGCGAGUUAUAGUUUCAGUUCUUUCGGUUUUGGUCCUGACAGGCUCGACUGUCGCCGACGAAGAGUGCUAUGAACAUACUGAGGUGAUUGAGUGCAGCGGAAGCUGUUUCGAAGUAGUUAAGCCCAUGCUGGCCCACUUCCGGGAGUUGAAAUCGGGCGCCGAUAAAAGUAAUGAACUUAAAUACCAGUUGGGGCAAAUACAAAAAGAACUUCAAAUUAAAGAUGAGCUUACAAGUGCCACAAUUAAGAGUAAAGAUGAACAAAUAAAAGCAUUGAAAGAUCUGAUUAAAAGCAACGAUGCUCGUAUAAGAGCCCAAAGUGACAUCGAAGAGCUGAUAAGAAUUAAAAAUAGUGAAAUUGAGAAAAAAAACAAAGAAAUUGAAAAUAAAGAAACGCUUAUAAAUUCAUUAAAAAAUCAAAUAAACGAAAAAAGUGAGGAACUUAAAAAAAUGAUUGGGAAAAUGGAUGAAUUUAAUAAAAAACUACUUAGUUGUUUGGACAAUAUUGAGAAAAACAAGAAUUCUUUGAUGGAAAAGGAAAAGGAGAUCCAGGAAAACAAGGAGGAGAUUAAAAGAAAAGACGAUCUACUGAAUAAAAGAGAUGCAGAAAUCCAGGAAAAGACUGAACAGGCAAAGAGCAAGGACUCCCUAAAUAAUGACAUAACCAGUCAAAUAAAUGUUUUAUCUCAAAACUUAAAUAAAACUAAUGAAAAACUUGGAAAGUGUGUUGACCCGAAUCCUUGUAGCAACGUCAGCAAAGACAUAUACCAAAUAAGGCUUCCGGGAGUGAGUGCAUUUGAGGCUCCUUGCAAUGGAUCUGGAUGGAUGGUAAUUCAGAGGCGGAUUGACGGCAGCGUGGAUUUUAAUCGCAAUUGGACUGAAUACAGAGAUGGGUUUGGAAAUUUGGCAGGAGAGUUCUUCUUAGGCCUGGAGAAGUUGCACCUCGUAACUCAGUCGAGACAGCACGAACUGCUGAUCCAUCUGGGAAAAGUGGAUGGAUCCACUGCUUUCGUCAAGUACGAUAAUUUCAGGAUUGGCAGUGAGAACGAUUUCUAUCUAUUGGAAUCGGUUGGAAAUCACACUGGAGAUGCAGGCGAUUCCCUUACAUAUUACCAUUUGAACAUGAAGUUCUCCACUAUUGACAGGGAUAAUGACGUGAGUGGAGAUAAUUGCGCCAGAAGAUUUGGUGGUGGCUGGUGGUUUAAUCACUGUGGAUCCAGCUUCCUGAACGGAAACUUCUACAUAGAUGGUAAAUCAAAGAGUAGAGAUGGGAUAAAAUGGGGAAGUUGGCAGGCUUUUACUGAUUCACUUACAUUUGUUGAAAUGAUGAUAAGACCCAAACCCUUUUAGAAGCAUUUUGGAUGAUGGACAUUUUCUGAAACUGACACUGAAAAAAUUAUUGUAUCCUCUCCAGGAUACCAUCACGACAUUUAAAACGUAUAUUAAAAAGAAUAAAAUAAAAACAUAAAAAAUUAAAGUAUAUCUUCUUUUUAC